UCUUCAGUUUUCGUAAUUUUGGUUUUGUGUGUAAUUUGUGCCUUUAAUUUUUAAUUUUCAAUAACUGAUAAUAUAUAUUUGUUUCCAAUGAAUUAUAUAGAAAAGUAUUAUUACUGAAAAAGGUUUAUAUUUAAAUAAUGAAGGAUUUAAAACAAGAAACACAGUUAUAGCGCGGUGGCGGGCUGUGAACACGGAGCGGGCGGCGCUGGCUCCGGCGGCGGGCGGCCCGCUGACACCAUACGUCGAGUUAAAGUGAAGAUGUCGUCGGUGUCAGCGCAAGGAGUGGUCGAGCGCGCUUCCGCGGAGCUAUCCCGCCGCAUAACAGGACUGGGACUGCGAGGUCGUAAACGUUCGCCGGGAGUCGUCGAGAGAGUAGCCAAUGCCUUGUGCGGGCCUGCCACCACCGCCCCACCGAGGAUACCCCGCCGGAGACGACCCUCGCCGAGACCGCUUGUGUGGAGCCAAUUUAUUAUAGAGGAGAGAUUCCUGGAGAAGUUCUUUCUGUAUUUCAAUGGCAGCGAAAGAAGAACCCUUGCUCAAGUCUGUACUAAAUGGCGUGAUGUCCUGUAUUCUUCUCCCCGUUGGUGGAACGGCCUCGUCGCUGUUCUGGAUUGUAGGGAACUACGAUCUGAAACUGGUUGUUGCAUGCAAAGAUUUUACAAUUCGGUUGUGAGGAGGGGUAUCCGAGGAUUUGUACUAAUAUCUGCAACAGAUGAUGAUAUAAAUGAAUUAAUAAAACAGUUUCCGCUCUCAGCUCAUCACAUACAUGCUAUUGGUUUAAAAGGAUGCACAAUAACCGAUCGAGGUUUAGAAUCAAUACUUGAUCAUUUACAGGUUCUCUUUGAACUAGAACUAACAGGCUGUAAUGAAAUAACCGAAGCUGGUCUCUGGGCUUGCCUAACUCCUAGGAUUGUAUCACUUACACUUACCGACUGCAUUAAUAUUGCUGAUGAGGCUGUGGGUGCGGUUGCUCAGCUGUUGCCGUCGCUAUAUGAGUUCUCAUUGCAAGCAUACCAUGUGACCGAUGCAGCACUCGGUUAUUUCUCACCAAAACAAAGUGCCUCACUCAGCAUCUUAAGAUUACAUAGUUGCUGGGAGCUUACUAACCAUGGCGUCGUUAACAUUGUGCAUUCUCUGCCGAACCUGACAGUGCUGUCCCUCAGUGGAUGCAGCAAGGUCACUGAUGAGGGUGUGGAACUCCUGGCUGAGAAUCUGCCGCGUCUACGAAGCCUCGAUCUCAGCUGGUGUCCGCGGGUCACUGACAACGCGCUCGAAUACAUCGCCUGCGACCUGAACCAGCUUGAAGAACUCACGUUGGACCGAUGUGUGCAUAUAACGGAUAUCGGCGUGGGCUACAUUAGCACAAUGCAGUCGUUGGCCGCGCUGUUCCUGCGCUGGUGUUCUCAAGUGCGGGACUUUGGUGUGCAGCAUCUGUGCGGCAUGCGAAGUCUGCAGCUACUGUCGCUCGCCGGUUGUCCGCUUCUCACAUCCGGUGGCCUCUCAAGCUUGAUCCAAUUGAGGCAGCUACGAGAACUCGAGCUGACAAAUUGUCCGGGAGCAUCCCCUGAACUGUUUGACUACCUUCAUGAGCAUCUACCGCGUUGCCUCAUCAUAGAAUAAGGUACAAUUAAAUCAUGAAUCGGACACAAGCUGUACAAUAAAUAACAAACAUGGUUUGUAAUAGAUUAGAUUGAUUUGUCAAUUUAUAAAAUUUAUGGAUAUAACAACAGCUAAACCUUCCGACGCCUUUAAUAAACUUCAAUUCAAUAAGAGAAUGCUAUACCUCUAGAUGUAUAUUGUAAUAUAGUUUUGCAUCUUUUGUAAUUACUUUAAACUCGAGAUGCUUGAUAUUCAUGGAUUUUAUAUAAGUUUUGUUUGAAUAUUUACAAUUAGUAUUUUUGUGUACAGUUUGAAACCUUUACAAACUUUCUAAACUUUUGUACUUUUUGGUGGUAUAUAACUUUUUUUUUUCACCCCAAUACUGUAUAUAAUAUGACCUCAACUUUAUUUGAUUUCUAUAAUCUUACGCCUUUAAUUCUGUAAGGUUAUUAUAAUAAAGAAAUAUGAUAUUAAAACAUGACUUCAUACAAAAAGAACUACUCAUGAAAGAAUUACAUACAUUAUCUGACUUUGAAGAUUUUCACUUUGAAUCUAGUAGAAUUUACCAGUUUCUAAUAAAAAAAACUUUCUCUUAAACUUUGUUUUGGAAUAAAUCAAAUCUUUUAUUCUUAGCAAUUGCUCAAUAUAUAUAUAUAUAUUUUUUAGUACAAAAGUUUACAUGUAAAUGUAGACAAGUUAAAUUACAACAAAUAGAUAAAAAAAGUCUCGUGUUUAUGUAACAAAAAGUAAAACAUCUACUUAGUCUGUACAUUCUUUACUACACUGUUAAUUGUUUAAUAAUAUUGUACUUUUUUGUUUUGUAAAAAAAAAAAAAAACAGUACAGAAAAGUUGCUUAUAAGGGUAUACGGUUACAAAAAUUACAAAAUAAACUAAUAAUUCCUGAUAAAUAAGAUUAUAACUGUCUCUAGUCACUCUUGGUCAUAGAUUUAAGGUCAAGUAAGUAAUUUUCAAAUUCGAACACAUCUGAAAAAAAAAACAUUGCAUAUAUAGCGGUUGCUGCAUUUGAAACUUAUAAUCCUAAUGAACUGGCUUUAAUAUAUAGAAAUUUAUGACAAUCUAAUUAUGUAGAUAGUGAAUUGGCUUAAUUUAUAUAUUAUCUAUGGUGCAUUAGAUAAACUUAUUGCCAGUAGCUUUUCAGAAUAUUCUAGUCAAAUUUUUGAUAAUUUUAAUGGCAUUUAUAUUGUGUUAUUAUUUUUAUUUCAUAGUCAAAACAUGUGAAUAUUGUUUUAAAUAUAUUUUUUAAAUGACUUAUUCUCUACGCAUCCUCAUUGGGUCCAUGCACUUAUUAUAUUAUCUAUGUGUAUUUAUAUUUUAUUACUAUACCGUCCGAAGAUAUUUGCAAAUGUGUGUGUGUGUGUGUUUGAAAUUGGUCAUAUAUUAGCCAUAUAUUCUAGAUGUUAUAAAAAGUAUUAAUUUUUUAAUGUUUGUUGUGAGAUCAAGUAUAGCUGCAAAUAUAAAAUUUGUAUGAAUUGCCACAUAAAUACAUUAGAGUUAAGUUAAUUCUCUGUAGUAUGACUUUGGGUAAACAAAUAGUUGAAAACACUUUAAAAUUUUAUUUAAACAAUAAUAUUUUUAUUAUUUUUUUUUUUAUAACAAUAAUUUUAUGUUUCCAAAGUCCUACUGAUUGUAGUAAUGUAUGUUUAUUUCUGACUUGUAUUCUUAGACUGCCUAGAUAUAAGGAUAUUUAUAUUGAAAUUAAAUCUUGUUGGAGCCAUUUGUGGCAGAUAGAUUUUUAGAUGGUUACAAUACAUAAUAGUAUUCAACAAUCUAGUCAUAAAUUUAGAGAAGCACAUUUGAAAUGAUAUGGCUAAAUGGAAUGUUUAAAUGACAAAGACUCGGCAAUUAUCUACUAAAUGUACUCUAAGAUAUUAAAGUAUUUGUAUUUUAUUUUUUUUGCCUUCUUUUAAUUAAUUUCUAAGACAAUAACUUUUCUAUGUUGUUUCUUUAUCUUCUUUUAACCAGGGAAUGUUAACACUUGUUCAAAAGAAUCAUAUGACAUUACUGAAAUAUUUUCUGUACAUACCUAAAUGAAGAUGUAUAAAUAAUUAAUUAGCCCUUUAAAUGUAAUAAUAGAUUUAAUGUUGUUGAAAAUGUGACUUAUUCAUACUUCUAACAUAAUGGUUGUAAUUAAAACAAUAAAGCAAUACCAUUUAUCUGCUUAUUUUAUAUUAUUUUAGAAAUAAAAAAAAUUUACAUAACAAAAACAUGAUCGCGACUUUAAGAUGAUAUUUUUUUAUUAUAUUUUUUUUUUGCAUAUAUUUUGAAUCUACAGUAUCAGUUGUGUGUUUUAAAUAUAUUUUUAUAAAUGUUUGUGAAUAGCUAUGAAUAGAAAUCAAACUUUGUUAGAAUUUAAAUAAGUUUUUGUUACGUAUGUUCUUUUCAAACAUGUUUAAGUGCAUAUGUAACUUUUGUAAAUGAUUGCACCCAUUAGAUUAGUAUUGUUGUGUGAUGUUUUGUGUUAUAGUAUUUCAUAUUUUCAGUCAAUCUUCGUAAAUACACUUUAUUUGUACAAAAAUGAGAUGAUAUAGUGCAAUAUAGAUGUAUUGUUUCCUA